CGCUAUCAACACCGGAAGUAGAAGGUGCAGGACGAUGAUGGCUCCUGACAGCAGGGAUGGUGCGGCUCCAUGUGCGUGUAAAGGCAUACGGCGGUGUCUCGUGUGUGAAAAGCUUGAGGAGAAAGGACAGUUGGAGGCGACUGGACGAAAGGUCGUGCAUCAUUUCCUGUACAAUCCUGAGACGAAGCUCGCAGUUUGCAAAGAUGCAGCAGAAGAAGCCGCAUCCUUCCCCUUUCCGGGUGUCUUCCUGUGGGAGGACUUCAUAUCGGAGGAGGAGGAGGAGGCGCUGAUAAGCUCGAUGGACCAGGAUGUGUGGAAUCAGUCCCAGUCUGGUCGAAGGAAACAGGACUUUGGUCCAAAAGUGAACUUCAAGAAAAGGAAAGUGCGCAUGGGCGGCUUCAGUGGACUCUCUUCUUUGAGCCAAAAACUAGUGCUCAGGAUGCAGCGAGAGCCAAGUCUUGCAGGCUUCCAACCGGUGGAGCAGUGCAAUCUGGAUUAUCAUCCUCAGCGAGGCGCUGCCAUCGAUCCACACCUCGACGACUCCUGGCUGUGGGGGGAGCGCCUGGUCACCGUCAACAUGUUAUCGAGCACGACGCUCACCAUGUCGCUCGAGCAGGGUCUGCCCGAGCUUGGACUCGAAGGGGAAGUCCACGUAGCGGUGCAUCUUCCGCGCAAAUCUUUAGUGGCGUUAUACGCCGAGGCGCGGCAUCGGUGGAAACAUGCCAUUCGCAGGGAGGAUGUUCGUGAGCGCAGAGUUUGCAGCACUUACAGAGAGCUGUCUGCAGAGUUCUCACCUGGAGGGCAAAAGGCAGAGCUGGGAGCUCAGCUGUUGAACAUUGCUUUGAGUUUCCAAGGAGCUCCGGUAUGAGCUAGUCUGAUGAUGGCAAAGGGAAGCUGUAUCGCCGGAGAUGGGAGACUGGACUACUUGCACAUGCAAUGAACUGUGUCUCCUUCAUGGCUGAAGGCUCGUAGCUCCAACCUGUGCCUCCUCUCCAAAUGUAACAGAUAUUUUGGAGUAUACAAGACUGCCAAGAAUACAGCUGCUGUAGCUCAAAAUGAGGACAUAAGAAGAAGACGACCACGGGUCUUUGCUGCAUAUGGUUUUGAACUGUAGACUUUUGACACUGUAAUGUAACAGUCACUUUUGUCCUGCAGCUGUUUGAGUCGGCUUGUCCCAACUAAUAUUGUGACGUUCAUUCUGUUUUUCCAAAUCCUGUCUAAGGCAAUUUGAUGGACCACAGGUUUGUUUAGGCCUGUGAGUCAACAAUGCUCCUGAGAUUUGGUGCACUUAUAAGUUACAACCUGCAGAAGGAAAGGUCAAAUGUUAAAUAGUACCGCCGUCCAUAAUUAUGCAUAAAAUGCAUAGUUGUUGCGUAGCUAAUUAAGAAGCAAGCAGGUGACAAAAACAUCAAAAAACGUAUUGGUUAUACUGGUGGUCACUGCUUUUUUUCAAACAAAUCUAUAAAAAAUGGUUUGAUUCACACAGCGGGUUCUUACAGUUGCCCCUGUUUGUGUCAACGUAUGCUUAUAUGGUUUUAUUUAAUCUCUUUGAUCGGAAGCCCUGUUUGUACAAUUCCUCACAUUUUUCCCCCAGACAUAUGAAAGGAAACAUAUAGUGAAGAAGGAGCAGACUCUAGAGCUACUGUCUUAAGAGACAGUAUUUUCAGCAGUCCCUCAGUUUUUGAGAAUGUGCAUUCAGGUUUACAGCAGUCGUGACUGGAAACGGGAGGUCACAAAUCAUAUGCUGAUGCAGACCAGUGUGCCCAUGCUUGGCUGUGCCUCGCUCGGCUGUAACGUGAGGAAAUGGCCACCCAGAAUCACCCAGAGGCUCCAGCUGAACUGAGGCAGAGCUGCUGCCCCCCAUUACUGACUAUCUAUCAUAGUAAUUAUGUGGCUGUGGAUGUAAACGUUGUCUCUGCUGUGCUACAGCAGCUCCGUGUUGUCAGACACAACUUUAAAAGGCCACACCAGUUGUUUUUUUUGUUAUAUAAUUUAGAUCCUUUAGGAAUAAAAUAAUGUAUAAUUUACAAUCUGCUGGGAAACUGCUGUAUGUUAUUGUGUUUUAGGACUUUGAAGGUGUCACAGAAUGAAAUUUGCUUUCCAUUGACCAGUUACUACAAAUGCUGUUGGAUUAUUGCUGUGCAAAUACUCCAUGUAUUGUAUCUAAACAAACAUGAAAUGCAAUGACAACAUUAUGAAACGAAUAUCUAAAUUAUUAAAAUGAACUAACUAAAUAAAUAGACUAUUUUAGUUUUCUGGUCUAAA